AUGUGUAGGUUCUUUUCUGAAAUUUACUAGAUUUUUAUUGUAGUAUUUAGUCAGUAUUAUGUGAGUAUAAUAAACGCUGUGUUUGUAGUCAAAUUUUUGAAAUUAAAAAUCAAAAAUAUUGUUGUUCAAAUAAUUCUGCGCCCCAUCUCAAAGCAAACUUGCUGGAUUAUAGGGUGCAGAAUUAUUUGAACAGCCUAAUACAGUAGUCUCUCUACACAGUGAACCAUCUGUAUAAGCAACUCUCUUUAUAGUAAACAAGAAAUUUGGCCCCGCCAAGUCAAUUUGCACCAAAAAGUCUCUCUGUAAAGACAACACCCCUUAUAGUAAACACAAAAUUUCGGUCUCUUCAGGUUGCUUAUAUAGAGAGAGUACUGUAAUUUUGCGCCCCAUCAUAAAGCAAACUUUCAAAGUUAGGGAGCGCAAAAUUAUUUGAACAACGUAAUAAUAAAGAAAGUUUUGUCAACAUAGUAAAUAAGACUUUGUUUUUGUCAUAUUUUGAAAAACAUAGGUAUACUGACAGUUUUUAGAGUUUGUAGAUGAUCUACAUUAUCAACUUCUCCAAAAAUAAAUUUUUUUAAUUUUUGUUUUUACAGUAGACCUAUCAAAAAGCAUUUUUCAUCAAAAAACUUUAAAUUUUUUUAAAAUUUGAUGAUUUUACUACGUAAUUUAAGCUUAAAAUUAAUACAGAACACUAGGACAACCUCACUCCACAGAAAAAAAUUUUGAAAAAAGUUGAACUUGGUCACCCCUGUGGAUUUUUUUGAAAAAAAAAUUUUCAAAAAAUGUGGUAUCUCUACCUGUGCCGAUUUUUUCGACACCCGCCUUUAGAAUAAAAGUCCCCGCCCGGCCCUGUAUACAGGAAAACCUCUUUAGUACGACACUCGAAAGACUGGUCCAACCCUUUCCUUUAAAACUUGUUAGACAAAUACUAGAAGCUAUGAUAUACUGUGAUGACCCCGUAUGAAGUUAGAUAGUGAGUACUAUAAUGAAAUUAGGUAGUGAGUACUAUACGCUAUGUGUACUAUAACAUCUACAAUGACGGUAUAUACGACCCAAACCUUGAAAUUUUCAGCAGUGUUCAUCGCUCAAGGAAUGAACCAACCCGCUGGUGGAGGCGGCGGCGGAGGUGGCACUGGAGGUCAGGGUGGUGGUGGAGGAGCUGGAGGAGGUGGUGGUGGAGAAGGUGGACCCACACCAAUCUUAGGUCAAUCCAUGUUUUGUGCUCAAAGCAUGAACAAGGUGCCCGGCGGCGGCGGAGGUGGUGGCGGAGCUGGCGGUGGAGCAGGUGGUGGAGCAGGCGGUGGUGGCGGAGCAGGAGGAGGCAGCGGAGCUGGUGGAGGUAGCGGAGCAAGUGCCUAUGGUGGAGCAGGAGGCGGCGGAGCUGCCGGUGGUGGUGCUGGCGGCGGCGGAGCUGAUGGUCCAAAACCUAUCGCUGGCCAAUCCCAGUUCUGCGCUCAAGAGAUGAACCAAUCCGAACAACCUGGUGGAGGUAGUACUCCAAAGUCGCCCAACAAGAAAGAUAAAGAAAAGACGGUUGAUGAAGGUGCCACCAAGAAAACAAAUAAGUCGCCAAGCAAGUACGAUAAAGAGAAGACGGUUGAUGAAGGAGCGGGUAAAAAGACGACAAAGUCGCCCAAAAAGGACAGAACGGUGGAAGCGGACGAUGUGACCAAAGACGAGGACUACAAAGAAGAGCCUGAGGAACCGAAGAAGGCACCAACUCCAUCCAAAGCCCCCACCCCGUCGAAGAACAAGAAGGAGAAGACUCUGGUGGUGGAGAGUAUGGCUUUUUGAAAACAUUAUUUAUUUUUUUGAAAAUUCAAGCUUAAAGAAAAUUUUAUUUUGAAAAAAAAAUGUUUUAUGCUAGGUAGUUCAAAUAAUUCUGCGCCCCAACCUCAAAAAUUUGCUUUUGAGAGAAGGUACAUAAUUAUUUGAAAAACCUAAUAAAAAUUGUAAAAAAUCAAAAUUUACAUUUUAAAAAUUUCAAAUUUUGAAGAAAAUAAGCCUGUACCUCUUCAGAGAAGCCAGACGUCGAUGCCGGACAAGCACCAGCUGCUGAAGAGGGUGGUAAAUGGAAGGGUAAGGGAAGACAGCCCGAAAUGAACGAAACCACCAAAGCACCCAGGAAUGUGGCGGUCGAACCGGAAAAAAUUGUCUUUAGCUGUAAGUUACAGUAUACUUUGAUACAAAACUUAUAGUACGUUUACAGUAUCUUCUGUACUGCGUUGUUUACCUGCAGAAUUUCACAGUACUGUGUUACAGUAAGAUUCUGUAUGUGUACCAUGAGACUUUAAGGCAGUAUGUAGCUUACAAUAUGAUAUCGUGUAGUAGCGAAAAAUUACACUAUAAUACAGUAUACCGCAGUAAAAUUUUAAAAAAUUAAGAUUUUUCUUUCAAAAACUGCCAUUUUCAGUCCCAUACGACAAAGCCCAAAUGGCGGACAUCAAGCUGACCAACAAGACCAAAGAGUUUAUUCAGUACAAGAUCGUGGCCACAGUACCCCAGUACUAUCGUGUUCGUGGCAAAGACGGCAGCCUGAAGCCGGGAGCAUGGGCUACAGCCACACUCCGUCUGGAACCCUUGUCCAACUUAAAAGAGGCCCAGAAAGAGAAACAUCGCAUCGUGGUACAGUCGGCUGUCUCUAAGACGGAAAAGAUCAAAGACAACUUUUGGAAAGAUGCCGACGAGAUCAAGAACAAGGUUCAGUUCUUGAAUAUUAGGGUGGUAAGUUUCUACUCCAGUUUAGCUAACCAUGCUUCCGUCUUAUCAUAGCCCUACUGAAGCCCUGCCCUGGUCUACUUACCUCUUUAAUUAGCCUUAUCUUAUCCCUAAGUCCAGCUUACCCUAGUCCUACUUCUGCCUUGCCCUAGCCCCACUUUAGACUUAUCUAAACCCUUCAGGUUUAUCCUAGCGCUACCUUAUUUCAAAUCAAAAAAAUUUCAGAAACUGCUAGCUGAAGGCCAAGACAAGAAGAAAGACGGCGUCACCCAAGCCGAGGACGAGUACGUGGCCAAGGACGACCAAAAGAUUGUGAUCGAGCCGGAGAACGAACUCAUCUUCCGCGGUCCCUUCAACGAAAUAGGCACCUCCGCCAUUUGCGUAGUCAACAACACGGACAUGUUCAUGUACAUCAAGACCUUGGUCACAAACCCGAUCCCAUUCAGAGUUCGCCCCAACGCCGUAUGCAUCAACUCACGUGCCAUGCAGGUGUUGGCAGCAAUGGUGGAGCCGGUGAAGGACGUGAGCAAGAUGCAAAAGAAGAAGAACAAGUUCAUGAUCCAGUACGCGGAAAGCGACACCAACACCCUCGACGCGUUGUCCUUCUGGAAGACCUGCAACAAGUUCCAGUCCCUCAAGCUGCAAGCUCGCUUCCUGGUGUAG